GUUUUUAGAUCACCAAAAUACUUAUACAUAGAAUUGAGAUUUUCUACCACAUAAAUGAUUUAUAUAAAUAAAUAUCAACUUACUAAGUGGUAAGCUGUAAUUAUUUUCCCAUGAACGAUGAUGAUGAAAAUAGAGUUAUUGUGAAACGGUUGCAACUAUAAAUGUUUUCUCCAAACUACAUUAUACAUCAAACAAUAUUCACAAGUGUUUAAUUAUAAGAAGAAGAAAAAAUAUUUAGAACACUAAGGAUUUCAAAACACACGAUCUAAUCUAACUAAAAAUUUACAUACAUAUAAUAUUUACUAGGAAAAAUGAUCAUAUUGCAAAUGUUAUGAAGUAUUAAUCUAAUCAUCGAUAUAAAAUUAAAAAAUUUAUAAAAACAAAGCAAUAAAACCUAAUUUUCCGCAUGACAGGGUCUAAGCUAGUACAAUUUAUGUGAAUUUAUGUGAAUUUGUUAUGAAGUAUAGAAGUCGCGUUUGUCCCCUUCCUCCGCAUCUUAGCUGCUGCCUACAGGUUCGAGACGAGUUAGUUGAGCUAGUGGUGUAAAUAAUGCACAGAAGGCUGCCAAUCACCAUUCACCAUCUAAGCUUCCUCCAAUGGCGUACUGCAUUCAUCCUGCUGAAGAUGUGGAGCAGCAGCUGAUCAAUCCUCUCCUCAACGAGCCCAAUUCAGCUUCUUCCAACAACGAAAUUUGUGAGCGAUGGGAGAACUUGUGCCCGUAUCUCCUGAACUCGAUUUACGCAAGGCUGCCUACCUACAUCGACGGCACCGAGUUCGGCUCCGUUUGCCAGAACUGGCGUCGAAUUCACUGCGCCGCCACACUUUCCACUACCCCCUUGCCACUCACCGUCGAGAAGCCAUGAAGUUUGACCAGCACUAGCAGCAGCAAGGACAACGUGAUUGAAUUCGGUGCGAAAUUCGUGGUGACAAAAACGAAAAGGAAAAUUACGACGACUGAAAGCCGGAUGUGGACGGGCCGAAUACCAGGAGGAUCAUCGCUUUGCUUUUUCCAGCCAAAGGAUCGUCGCGAGUGCAGGCGCGUGGUGGCUGCUGGUGCAGGAUCCGAAAACAAAGGAACAGGGCUUUC